CAGCCUCGGCAGAAGCGCCGCCAGACCCGGGCGGCCACCGGCAAGGCGCUGAGUGCGCACCAGGCGCGGCGCGAGACACAAAGUUCGUGUCUGUUGCUUGCCACAACUCCUGUCGCUGCCUGCGCGACGCCGCCUGCUACACCCACUCGCCGCCGCUGCCACCCGGCUGGCGGAACGAGGCGGCGGAGCCAGCAAAGGCGCUGCUGCGAGGCUCGACGCCCGGCGCAGUUUCUUCUCCUUGAAGCCUGCUGGGAGCUCCCCCGGGCUCUGCUGCUGUUGCUUCCGCAGCAGUCGCUUUAGCCGCUGCCUCCGUUGGCUGAGGAGGAGGAGGAGGAGAAGAGAGGGAGGCGGGAAGGGGAGGAUGGAGCAUGGGGCGGCGGCGGCGGCAGAAGAGGACCAGCCCGGCGAGCAGGAGUCGGCGGCGUCCUUCCAGGCCCGGCUGUGGAAGAACCUGCAGCUGGGGGCCAAGGGCAAGGGCGGCAAAGUGGCCACCGAGCGCCGCAGUGCGGAGACCUCGCCGUCCCUUCCUCGCGCGCAGCAGCCGGGCAAGGGGGACUUGGGGAGCGGCGCCAAGUGGGGCGUCUUCAGGCGCAGGAAGCACGUGCUGGACCGGGUCAUCUCUUCCUCGCAGCCCAACCUGUGCUGCUCCUCCGCCGAGGCCGCCGGCACCGAGGCCGGCUCAGCCCUGCGCCGCCUGCGCGAGCACCUCCUCCACUCCCCCCAGCAGGGCAGGGGGCAGCAGCAGCAGCACGCCCCCUCCUCCGCCUCCUCCUCGGCGGCGUCCUCCACUAGCUCUUCGCCGCUGCCUCCGCCUGGCGGAGCCGACACGGCCGGCGGGGAUGGGGGGCCCACACCUGGGACGCCGCAGGAGGCGCGCCGGCCCGGGGCGCACCUGUCCCAUCAGAAGAGCUCUUCUCUGCCCGGCACUACCUGCUUGGAGCAACUGCUGCAGGGAUCGCCCACCAAGGACAAAGCCAAAGGAGCCCGCGGCGGCAGCAGUCCGGCGAAAGUCAGCUCAAUUGGAAUUACUAAUGCAGAAUUAUCCUUGACUGAUCCCGGAAUGUACCAGUUGGACAUUACAUUAAAAAGAGGUCAUAAUUUAGCAGCUCGUGAUCGCAGAGGAACAAGUGAUCCAUAUGUCAAAUUCAAAAUAGGUGGAAAAGAGGUCUUUAGAAGCAAAACAAUCCAUAAGAAUCUUAACCCAGUGUGGGAAGAAAAUACUUUCAUCUUUGUUGAGCACUUAAGGGAACAAUUAUAUAUAAAGGUCUUUGAUUAUGAUUUUGGCCUCCAAGAUGAUUUCAUGGGAUCAGCAUUUUUGGACCUCAGUUCACUAGAACAAAAUAGGCCAAUCGAUGUUACAUUGAGUCUGAAGGAUCCACAUUACCCAGAUGACGAUCUUGGAACUAUAUUAUUGUCUGUGUUGCUGACACCAAAAGAACAACCAAGGGAAGCGACAAUGCUAAUGAGGAAGAGUUGGAAAAGAUCAAGUAAGUUUCAGGCCCAGAGUUUACGUCUGUCAGAUCUGCACAGAAAAUCUCAUCUAUGGAGAGGGAUAGUCAGUGUCACCUUGAUUGAGGGUCGUGAACUCAAGGCCAUGGAUCCAAAUGGACUCAGCGAUCCCUAUGUGAAAUUCCGGCUGGGACAUCAGAAGUACAAGAGUAAGAUUGUGCCAAAAACUUUGAAUCCUCAGUGGAGGGAACAGUUUGACUUCCAUCUGUAUGAGGAACGCGGUGGAAUUAUUGAUGUUACUGUGUGGGACAAAGAUGCUGGCAAAAAGGAUGAUUUUAUUGGCAGGUGCCAGGUUGACCUUUCAACCCUGAGUAAAGAACAAACUCAUAAACUGGAGCUGCCUCUAGAGGAAGGGGAAGGCUUUCUUGUUCUGCUGGUCACCUUGACAGCCUCGGCUACAGUCAGCAUCUCUGAUCUCUCCAUCAAUGCCCUAGAAGACCAGAAGGAACACGAAGAAAUACUAAGGAAAUAUAGCCUAGUGAGGAUGUUUCAUAAUAUGAAGGAUGUGGGAUUUCUCCAGGUGAAGGUCAUCAGAGCAGAAGGUUUGAUGGCAGCUGAUGUAACAGGUAAAAGUGACCCAUUCUGUGUAGUUGAAUUGAACAAUGAUAGACUGAUGACACAUACCGUAUACAAGAAUCUUAACCCAGAAUGGAAUAAAAUCUUCACAUUCAAUAUUAAGGAUAUUCACACAGUUCUUGAAGUGACAGUUUAUGACGAAGAUAGAGAUCGAAGUGCUGACUUCCUGGGCAAAGUGGCUAUUCCAUUGUUGUCUAUUCAAAAUGGUGAACAGAAAGCCUACGUCUUGAAAAACAAGCAGCUGACAGGGCCAACAAAGGGGGUCAUCUUUCUUGAAAUAGAUGUGAUUUUUAAUGCUGUGAAAGCUAGUUUGCGAACAUUAACACCCAAAGAACAGAAGUACAUUGAGGAAGAAAACAGAAUUUCUAAACAGCUUUUACUAAGGAACUUUGUUCGUAUGAAGCGUUGUGUUAUGGCCCUCAUAAAUGCUGCCUACUAUAUAAACAGUUGCUUUGACUGGGAUUCACCACCGAGGAGCCUUGCUGCUUUUUUGCUGUUUCUCUUUGUGACUUGGAAUUUUGAGCUCUACAUGAUUCCACUGAGCUUGCUGUUGCUGUUGGUGUGGAAUUACUUUUUGAUCAUAUCAGGGAAAGAUAACAGACAACAUGAUACAGUAGUGGAGGACAUGUUAGAGGACGAGGAAGAAGAGGAUGACAGAGAUGACAAGGACAGUGAAAAGAAAGGAUUUAUGAAUAAGCUGUAUGCCAUCCAGGAAGUGUGUGUCAGUGUCCAGAACAUCCUUGAUGAAGUGGCUUCCUUUGGAGAAAGGAUAAAGAAUACCUUCAACUGGACUGUUCCAUUCUUAAGCUGGCUGGCCAUUGUUGCUUUCUUUGUGCUUACAGUCAUCCUGUAUUUCAUUCCACUGAGAUACAUUGUCCUUGUCUGGGGUAUCAAUAAAUUUACGAAGAAACUCCGAAGUCCGUAUGCAAUUGAUAACAACGAAGUGCUUGAUUUCCUUUCCAGAGUUCCUUCAGAUGUGCAAGUGGUUGCUGAGUUGAAAUUUCCCCCUGAACUUUGUGUUUUAACAGGUGCAGUACCAAGAACUGAAACAGGAUCCUACUCACAGUCCAAGUCGGAGGAAGAAAAACAAUCCUGGCUAGCCAAUUUCAUGAACUAUGGAGACCAGCAUCUGUUCUACAAAAAUGAGCCUAAGGAAUAUUUCCUCUUUAUGAGCUUUAUUUAUUUUGCCUUUUCAUCACAAAGGAGAAAACUGUAAAUACUGUACAAAGGGAUUUAUUGGUGAGAAUAUACUUGUACAGAACUUAGAAGAUAACAAAUACUUUUUGCAAGCUUUGUUAAAUGAGAGGGCACACUGAUAGAAUGAAUGUAAAACGGUAGGCGAUGGACACAAACAAUUGGGUAGCAAAAGACAUGUUAAAUUAAGCUUUUAACUCCAGCUCUGAUUAAUUUUUAAAAGGUAAAGAUGCACGCAUGACCCAUCUUUUUAUCCAAGAAAGAUCAUUAAUAUUGUUUUAUAUGUUUUCUACAUUUCACUAGCAGAACAAUGCAAAUGAGCAUAGUGCAUGUUAUCAAAAAACCCUCUGUAAUUAGAUCCUGCUGCAAAUAAUCAAACCAUCUGGGGUUUGCCUGAAUGUGAGCAGCAUAGGUUAAAUGUGAAUGUUGACUGGAUCUCCAAAGAUUUAAAGAGGUUCUUAACACUUUUAUCAUUCCACCACAAGACUUUGGAAAAUACACCUAUAUCUGAAUUACUGCCAGGUUUAUAACUGAUUGCAUAUCUAACUUUUUAUAUCGCCACUCCUCUUGAUUUGUUCUUAUUAGCCUCAAGAAUAAUAUGCAUUUUAGUUCAUGUGUAAAGAAAAUAUUAUAAGAGUAAAAUCAUAUUGCUUUUGGUGUCAGGCUAUGAACACCUUUUGUGCACAUAAAGAAUGCUGAAACUAAAAUGUUUGUCUCCUAAUUAAAAUGUCAUAUUAAAAAACUUUAUAGCAUGGUACUUUACCUGUUGCCACAAAAUAGUGUAGAGGAAAAGUGCAAUAUUGGCAGAAGAACUGAUAUACUGGUUUGAUAUCUUUAUUGAUAAAUCAGUCUUUCAGGUAUAGAAGUGCCCUGUUGCAAAGUAAAUAGCAGACAGGAAAAUAUGGUUUACAUUUCAAAACAUUGCCAUUAUUUAAGGAGUAGCUAGAAAUAUUUUGUUAUGCUGUGACCUCCAGAGGUCAGAUCUUACUAUAGUGAUGAGCUGAAUAUAUACACCUAAGGACCUUACCAAGUAGUCCUUACAGAGAACUAGUUUCACAUGAGGUACUGAAGGACCAAAUAAGGGCAAAUAGAUUUUGAACCCUCAGAACAGAGAGAGAGAGUCCCUGCUAUUCAUACAGGGCAUUCAGCCUGACUUGUAGUUGCUUACUUCGUUCUAUUGCACUGUUGUCAAAUAAUACUUUGUGUAGGGGUGGGGGGAAGAGAAUGAUAAUAUUAUAUGCACAGGAAAAUGUAUAUACAGUAACUUAUGUCUUGUGCAUUUCUCAUAACAGCUGAUUUUGAAAGUUAUUUUUAUCUUAAAGGUUUGUUGCAGUUUCUUACAAAAGAGCUAUUUUGAUCUUGCCUGUUUAUAUAACACGUUGAAAGAACGUCAAACAAAUCCUCUCACUACGAUGGGGACCUGACCUGAUCAUUCUGUGGCUGUGUUGCCAAGUGGUAGUGAUUUAUUUAAUUUACACACAUACUCAGAUUUGUCUCUCUCUUUUUCAUUGUUGACGAACACUGUGCCAUAAUUAACCUUGUUGAAGGAUCUCCAUAGAUGUGACUGUGGAGGCAGGAGGUUCUAGAGUGUUCGGUUUAAUAGACAAAACCUUUUCCCUCUCUUUAUUGGUUCACUUAUUGUUGUCUUACUAUUCCUUGAGCCUUUUUCCUGUAUGAAAUGCCUAUUUAACUGAUUAACUUCAUUAAACUCAUAUACCCAAUUA